GUGAAAACCAGUCUAAUUGUUGUACUAAACAAAUGAAUCGGGAAGGUCGAACAGUCCGCGCUCUGAUUCCCCCAUGGUUCAGCUCAAAAAGCAAACAUGGAAAUACCUCUUGCAAUAAUAAUCCUGCUUUGCAUGAGUAGCGAAGCGUUUGAGCUGCCUUAUUUGCGGACACCACCAACUGUCACACCCGACUACUUAGCACCCAGAAACUUAAUAAUCUCUUGGCGUUCCUGGGAAUCUGAUGGUGGAGGUGACGGCCCUAUUACAGGCUACGAAGUCCUCUAUCGUUAUGCAAGGAACGGAUCGGGAGAUAGCAGCUACGACUACAGCCGGACCGUGGAUUCCAACGUCACCACAUCUGUGGUGAUUGGGGGUUUGGACGUGGAGACGGAUUACGAUUUUGCCAUCGUCGUCGUAGGAGAAGGUGGGGCGGGAUCGCCCUCCAAUAAGACGACCUACAAGACUCUGUGCGCAGCUCCGUCGGCUCCACUAACGCUUAGCGUCAGCAGAAUUGAGACAGAUGAGCUUGAGAUAACAUGGGAGUUGCCACCGCCGUCAACUUGGGGCUGUAGCGAGUUAGGUUCCCAAGUUUUCCUGCAGUGGAAGCAAUCGCUAUCAACCUCCUUUACUUUGGUCUAUAUGGAUCGUGCCCUAGGUUCCUACAACCUGUCGUUGCUGACCCCCUGCAUUAUGUACGACCUGAAGGCGCAAUUUUCGAGCCCCUCCUUUUUGUUGAGCCCUGAGAGCGAAGUGAUCAGUGCGACUACUGCCAAGACAGAACCGCCACCGGUCAGUUAUGUCAACACCAGAUAUGCAGAGGACUCAAUGGAGCUUGAAGUCACCUGGCCGUACCCGGUUAACUAUAACAGGAUGUGUAUUGAAGAAUUCCACGUAACCCUCACACCGCUCCGGCUGGUUGCCUGCGAGACAGACAUCGUAUCACCGGUAACCCAAAUACAGGUUGUGCUGGCCAAUUCGACUGGGGUCGUCUUCGGUGCCGUAUUGCCGUAUACCGAGUACAAUGCCACAGUUACGUCCAGUAACGAACUUGGAAAAUCCGAAGUGACGUUCAAGACUGGUGUCACUAGUGAAACAUUGCCGAGUGUCAUGCAAGCAGUGCAGGUGGCAGAGGUAUCCCCGCGCUCUGUGCGGUUAGCCUGGACCCGCAUACCCUGCGAGGACGUGCACGGGGCCUUCUACCAGUACUCAUUCCUCUUCACCAAUAAUCAAACUGGAGAGACAUUCUCCAGGCAGAGCGGAGACAUUGAUGUGACUGAGCUGUCGGAGAGGACCGUCCUGCCGUGCAUGUCGUACAACGUACAGAUCAGAGCUGUAUCCGGAGCCGGCAAUGGCCCAUGGAGUGAGAAACAACGAUUCAGGACCACGCCAGAAGUUUCGCAAAGUGUCAGAAACUCGGACGCCAGUGCAGUUGACGACAACCCGAACGCACUGCUCGUCACCUGGGACGUCCCUUAUGAAGUCUACUGCCCGAUCGACUACUACGAAGUCUCGUACAAGCUGCUGUACAAGUUUCAAUGCGAAGACGGGAACAUGGAACGCAUUGGGGCCGCAAACACCACCGAGACGGCGUACACGAUCACGGGACUGCUGCCCUACUCUACGUAUGAUGUGUAUGUGAGGGCGCACAGCGAGGCCGGCUUUGGAUAUGAUGGCAGAGCAGGGAUACUCCAGACGGCUCAAAAAGUGCCCACAGACACCCCAAUUGAAGUGACCGUGGCGUCGUACACCAACGACUGGCUUCAUUUCUCCUUCCGGCGACGAGACUGCUCCGAGAGCUCCUGGUCCAGCCGUCUGAUCGCCUACGUCUACCAGCUGGACAACCUGGACAACACCAGCCAGCCCCUGACAGGAAACAGCACGGCAAACUACUUGAGGUUUGAGGGCCUGAUCCCGUACACGCGGUACUCGUUCCGCGUGAAGAUGCGCACGGAGGCCGGUGAUGGUCCCUACAGCGACCCUGUCGAGGGGAGGACAAAUGAAGACGAGCCCGGACCACCGGCUAGUUUGACCAUUCUGAACAAAACAGAGUCAACCGUGGACAUUGCGUGGGACGCGCCAACUGCGCCCAAUGGGAUCAUCCUGAACUACACGGUUCAGUAUAAAGCCAUUGAGAAGCCCUAUGACCCCUACUUUGCACCCUCAUCAAUUUAUUUUGUGGAGGCGGCGUUGGUCGGACCGGCAGUCUUCACCUACAAACUGGAGUCUCUAGAGCCUGGAACAAAGUACAGCAUUCGCGUGGCCGCGCUGACAGCGCCUGGAGCAGGGGAGUACAUUUAUCGCGAGGCUUUCACUGAGCUCAAAACAGAUAUCCAAGAGCCAGAGAAGCCGGCCUUUGACCCGUCCAGAUCCUCAGGGACUAGUGUAUUCAUCUACAUCUACAGCUCAGACCCUACCUAUGUCACCUCUUAUCUCAUUGCGGUGAAGAAGACGUCUGCAAGACAGAAGAGAACCAGCGUGGUGAUCGACGGAGAAUCGUACGGCACGUACAACGAAAACCCGGACGCCUACAUUGCCGCAGAGGUUCCCAAGGAGGGCGUUAAUUCAGUCGGGUUUGUGGUGGGAGACGGCAAGAUGUAUGGGGGCUACCUCAACGCGCCCCUGGGGGAGGGGACGUAUAGCGUCAGGGUCGGCGCUGCGAGUAAAGCAGAGGAUGCAUCAAGUGUGAGUUGGAGUGAACCACUGGUUCGAAAUGCAACUGGCGUCCCGACCACAUCACCCUCCCCAACCCAAAAGCCUGACCCACGGCCACCAACUAACCCAGGGCCACCAAAAGAUGGCAGCGACUCCGUUGGGAUUAUCGCCGGGGUGAUUAUCGCCGUCUUGGUGGUUCUGAUCAUCAUUGGCCUUGUGGUGUAUUACAUGAGACUGCGCAGAAAACGAGAGGUUGAGGACGGCACUGCCGGUACUCCCAUGGAAGAAACAAGCAAGAAAGACAGCGUCAAGGUUUAGUAGGCAAGAGACUCGGAAAUUCUUGAUCAGUACUUGCUCUGAUUUCAUCGAGCUGAAAACACUGCUGAGAUAACAUCAGCGGGGAACCAGUCACAAGCAAUAUAAAUAUCAAGCAGGUUUGGCUGGUAACCUCGUUUUCUUUCUAAGCAAUUUUGUUUUAGUGCUUAGGUCAUCCCUUGUUAUUUCUAUGGUUCUUAUAUUUUGUGUAACUAGUGUGAGUAAGUCCAAAAACAAAAUCUGAAGAAAGACAAACUUGCAGUUGCAGUAUAGAUGGCAGCAGCGUAGCUAUGGGGGGGGGGAUGAAAAAUCGUCGGUUGGUUUUAAAGAAUAAUAACAAAAGGUUUGUUUUAUCUUUUCUCAAAUCUGGAGCCAAAAAUAGGAUCAGUGGGAAAUAAGAACCAAUGAAAUAAAAAAAUUUAAAAAAUGCCCACGACUGUGCUCAUGGCUUCCUGAAAUUAGCCACUGAAUGUUGACAGAUUCAGGUGGGUUCCUACAUUCCUACCAUAGCAAAACUGUUCAGAGAGACAGGGUAAAUGACCUAAAUCUUAAGCUGUUAAAAUAUUUUUUUACCAAUUA